AUGAGCGACGAGGCGAACACCACAGCAGGCGGCAACACGCUUUGGCUCACCUUCCUCGCGGCUUGGACCGACGAAGCGCAGGCAAAGGGAUCCAAAGUGGCGCGAACCUACCGCAAAGCACACCAGUCUCUAGCGGCUUGUCCGAUUGAAUUUCAGCAUCCCUGCCAGACCACUCAGCUCGCCGGAAUAGGUCCGACGAUCGCCAACAAGCUCGAGCAGGAGCUGCAAAAAUGGUGUCAAGACAACGGAAGACCCAUGCCGGAGCGGCCCACACGCCAGGCCUCAUCCACUACACAAGCCUCUGCAGCAGCAGCAGCAGCAGAUGGCGAGGAUGCACCGCCAGACGCAGCGGACUCGGCCGAGGGAAGCAGUACGGCAUCAAAGCGAAAGAAGGCAGGAGCUUCGGAUCGCCCGACCAAGAAGAGAGCCUAUGUGCCGCAGCAUCGUUCGGGAGCGUACGGCCUCCUCGUCGGUCUGUACAUCUUGACCAGAGUCAGCAGCUCUUCGCGCGAAGAAAGAGUCUCCAAGACACAACUCAUCAAUGCGGCACGUCCCUACUCGGACACCGAAUACGAGGUUGGUGGCUCCUCAUCUCGAGCAUCAGCCGCCGUGCCGCUCUCGAGUCAGCACGGCAUGUCGGCGGGGAGCGGCGGACCACGCUCAUUCUACACUGGCUGGACAAGCAUCAAGACACUCAUCGCAAAGGGAUACGUGUUGCAAUCAGGCAAUCCAGCUCGCUACAGCCUCAGCGACGAAGGUGCUACAAUAGCAGAGACGCUCGCCACCGACGCCGGGGUGGAGAAGCAGGCUGCUGCCCCAGUCGUCAAUGAUGAUGCUGGAGACGAAAAUGGUUUGGACUUGGACGAUGACUGGUCAGAGGACGAACCGGAAGAGACCCUCAAAGCGAGGGUCUCCACCUUUGAGCCAGAAGUCUUGAAGGCCGGAAGCUAUUCGAUUCAUUUGGUCAUCGACAAUCGCGAAAGACACCGAUAUGGAAGACGCCAAGAGAAGGAGCCCAUCGCCGCACUUCUCCUCGAGCGUGGUAUCGACACCGAGACAAGGGCCCUAGAGGUCGGCGAUGCCGUCUGGAUAGCGCGCAGGAAGCAGCGCACGGGUCUGGAAGCGGAUGAAGUCGUUCUGGAUCACAUUGUGGAAAGGAAACGACUCGACGAUCUCGUAAGCUCCAUUCUCGACGGUCGGUGGAGGGACCAAAAGUUCCGUCUGUCAUCCUCGGGACUGACCCAAGUGCUAUACCUCAUCGAGGACCACGACGUCGAAAACCAAAUGCGCAAAUUCGGACCCCAGAUCCAAACGGCACUCAGCAGCUCGCAAGUCGUCGAUGGCUUCUUUGUCGAGCGAACCUCCGGAUUGGCUGCAAGCAUUGACUACUUGGUGUCCAUGGACGGCAUGGUCCGCGGCAUGUACGAGCACAAGGACCUCUCGGUGAUACCCAGCGCCGUCAUCUCCCGCUCAAGCUUCUUGGACACCCGGGAGGAGCUGCAGCGCAAGAUGCCAACCGCAUCCAUCUUGACCUCAUUCGAAGCAUUCCAGGCGCUCAACAGCAAGAGCGGCGGACUCAAAUCGAAGGAGAUCUUUGGCAAAAUGCUUUUGUGCAUCAAAGGGAUGAGCGCAGAAAAGGUACGCGAAGUGCUGGCCAUGUACAGCACCUUGCGAGAGCUCACAGAUGCAUAUCAGGAGACAGCAGACGAUGUCAAGGAGGCAGAGACGAUGCUGUCGAGCUUCACGGAAAGCAUGGAUCAGCGCAAGAAGAUCGGUCCCGCGCUCAGUCGCAAGGUGGCCGAUGUCAUGUUGACGCCUCGGUAUGCUGCCGAAUGA